AUGAAAUCGGUAGCUAUUCAGGAAGCUAUAACAGUUGCUAGACUGAAAGCUAAAAAAAUAACUUGGUCCGGAUUUGGCUUCUCAGUUUUAGCAUCAGAGCAGAAACUUUACGGCGGUGGCGUUGAUAUUUUUAGCAACGAUUUAAAUAAUAGGAAUUAUUGGAAUGAAGGCAUUUGCUUGAAUACUAAUGCCAAAAAAGAGCAGUUUGGUACCAUAAUAAGCGUUGCAGCUGGUCGACGACAUUUUCUGGUUGCAUCCAAAAAAGCAGUUUAUGCAUUUGGUGAUAACGCUCAUGGGCAGUGUGGACAGGAUCCUGAAAAUGUGCCCUUCGUAAGACUGGAAAAUAAGCCAUUUCAAAAAAUUAUGAUUCCUUCGGAUUCAAAAAUUGCUGAAAUACAUUGCACGCUAGAUACAUCAUUCAUCAUUCUGGAUUCUGGUGAAGUGUUUUCAUUUGGAUUAGGGACAGAUGGACAGUUGGGACGUGGAAUAUGUAAUUAUGAUUGGCGGUGUCUACCAAUUGAAGGUGAUUUGAAAGGAAUGAAGGUAGCAGCUUUAAAAGGAAGUACGGAUACUUUGAUGGCGGUGACAGAAAGCGGUGAAUUAUUCAUGUGGGGACAGAAUGAAUACGAACAGAUGCAUCCAUUUGUGAAGGAUAUUCAAAGUGGUUUUCCAUGUGAAAUUCGUCUUUCCAUGGAGAAAAUUAUAGCAGCAGAUUCCACAGCAACUUCUUGCAUAGCAUUAAGUAGCAAUAAUCAAGUUUAUGUUUGGGGUUUUGGAAUCCUCGGUAUGGGACCCUAUGUUACAUCAUUACGACGACCGGCACUUCUGGAAAAUAAUCUUUUCAGCGGCGGUCCGAAUGAUUCGGGUAAAGUGAAGAAAGUUUUUGCUGGUAAUUCUUCGAUGUUUGCAAUUUCAAAAAUGGAUAAUCUCUUUUCUUGGGGUCUUAAUAGGUUCUCUCAUUUAGGUCUUUCACAUGACAAAGAUCAAUAUUUUCCAUUUCAAGUUGAUGUAAUGAAAAAACCAUUAGAUGUAUCCGUUGCACCUGAUCAUGUAUUGUUUUUGAUGAGGUGA